AGGGAGAAAAUUUUUUCUUCAGAUUUGCGAGAGCCUCUGCAGAUAGUCCAAUGCGGCCCCAGAGAAAGUUCUUAACCUUGCUUGCGAUAAAUUACACUCGUCAAGCAUCUAAACAUGGAAUGGGUCAAUUUGUUCUUGAAGUUAUUACACGCAUGGUGGGAAAUAGUUUGCGGCAUUUCCGUAUAAGUGCUGAGCAUCUUGUAAAAUACGUUCUUCGUCAUAAUUUUUUAGAUGUAGGCACUGGUGAAGUUUUCAUCGCCUCUGAGUGGCACUGAGCAUGAUCUUUAUUUAUAAUUAGGUUGAAGACUUUUGGAAUCAUAAGCACCUCGCUGCCCAGCCUCUUCCCUCCCUGUCCUACCAGAAGUGUUUGACAUGGUAACAUACGUCUUUGUUCAAACCACUCGGCUUUUACCGAAUGAUGGCGACGUUCAAACUUUAAAAGCAUAUAGUUGAGGAUAAGAUAAGUUUUGAAUAAGGUAAAUUGCAUGUAUGAUAUGGAGAGGGUGUUCUUGUGGGGUUUUCCGAGAUAUGUCAUCUUAUGUUUGGGCAAAAUGUGCUAGCCUUCUGACGCACCACUAACCUGUCGGAUGUGUUACCUGUCACCUGCCUGCCGGAUGUGUUAAGGAUUAUUCGAGGGACAAAGGUCCAUAUCAUAAGAAGUGAUGCCCACAGUUAUUAGAUACUCAUAUGGCAGUAAAGGGAUAUUAUACUUUACUAUGAUAUGCUGCAAUGAUAAAAUGGGUUUGCCGUGAAAAAAUAAGAUUACUUUAUUUGAAAUUAAAAAGGGGUGAUGAAACUGAAAUUCGGUAGAGGAACUGAACGAGCUGCGAUGUAACUGUAACGACCGACGGGGGGCAAAAGUCAAGUUGUGACUACUGACAAGCUACGAUGCUAAUUUACGUCACCUUUCAUCACCAACCAUGUGGUAAUAGGCAGAAAUGAUUAGCGUGAUUUAAUUAUUAGUUUUUGUAGACUAGUAUCGUCAUGUGAAAGUAAUGGAAUGACAAUAGUUAGUUUGGCCUGCCUUGACUAGCAAUCUAGACAAUGCCUUUACAUGUAGUCUUGUCUUUCAUCACACGGCACAUGUGGGCACUGCAGGUGACCGAGAUGGGCUUUUAUUAACUUUCGGAGCGGAGUCCAGCUAAGGAGUCAUGGCGCACGUCUGACAUGCGGUUUGUCCUGACGUUGCUGGUGAUCGGAUCAAUCGCUUGGACGAUACUAAUCAUCGUUCUAUCAAGAAAUUCUCAGUAUUCUUUGGCCGCCAGUAAGGAACGAGAGAUGCAGAUGAGAGAUGAAGUGGCGGAUGACCCGUUCCCUUCCGAGAGAAUGGAGGCGUUCAUGAGAGGCAUGACGGAGCGAAGUGAGAGUAUUCAAACCAAGUGCAGCACUGAUGCUCUCAGUACGCAGUAUCCUCCCAAUGCACGCCACUUCAUAUUGGAUAAGUCGCAAGAGAUGCUGUACUGCGCCUUGCCGUCUACACGAAGCGUCAGGUCUCUUUCGCUGCUCUUCAGUAAGAAGCUGCGUCGCUACCGUCACAGUCUGGACUUCCAAGACAAUAUUUAUUACACCGACUUCCAAUACCCAGAACGGCUUCAAAUUCCGGAAUAUUACAACGUUUCAAUUCGGGUGAUGGUUGUGCGAAAUCCGGCAGACCGCUUGGUGGUGUUCUACCAAAGUCACCUCGAGAACACGGCCGACACUAACUACUAUCGGGCGCUUGGCAAGAUAAUUCUUGAGAAAUACCGCGAUACAGCAAAAACUCUGUCUGCAACAGAGAUUCACAAAUUUUUAGCGCUAGUGGAUGCCGACCCGGACCGCGAGAGGGUGCUAGGAAACCCCUUCGCCAACCCGGUGGGUCCAACCUUUACGGAGUUCAUCAAAUACGUCGUGUCGAAGCCCGCCGAUGAUGAACACUGGACGCCUUACCACCAGCACUGCGCCCCUUGCUCCAUAGACUACAAUUUCAUUCUAAGAUUUGAGAACAUAGAAGAAGAAGGCAACUUCUUCAGGAUAUUUUUGGAUAGUCCUAACUCGCUACCGAUCAAAUUUACGGAUGCGAUAGACACGCCGUUCAGUCUGGCCGAAGUUUGUUCGUAUUUUUCUCAGUUAGACAAAGAACUGUUAAGUCGAGUUGUGGAAGUCUAUCGCAUUGACUUUCAUUUGUUCGGUUACUCUGCUGAUGAAAUUUUAACGUGUUCUGACGAAUAUGUAAGGCAGUGAUGGUCGAUAAUUUAUACAAGAAACAUAAACGAUCGUAAAUAAGAAAUAACCCACAUGCAUUGCACCUAAUGGUUUCUAUGACAAGGUUCCAUUUCUUACAGUCAAAUUCUAUUCAUGCCGAGCCCGAUGUAAUAAUACUUGGUAAAAUUAAGAUAAGCCACAUCUGAUGCAGUGGUGGGUCACAUCUAUGAUUUGUUCUGGUCUUCUAAAAUGAUUUAUAAAAGUACAUUGACAUCAGAUAUGCGCAAAGUGAAAGAAGUGGACAGUCUCUGAGGGACGAACACCCAGUCAACGAAGACAUUAAAUGGAUGAUUUGAAAAUAUAAUGUAAUUUCCGAUAAAAAAGGAUUCGAAUACUAAUUUAUUCAAGAUGAA